AUGAAUUCUGCAGCAAUAUAUACCAAUAAUGAUCAUGAUAUAUCAUCAAUGGACAGAACUUCAGAUUGUUCUGAUAUUUCCAGCCCUCCAACUUCUAAUUCCUCAAUUUCAAGUGCUUUUGAAGAAACUUCGACCAUGAAACAUACUCACAUCACCCAUGAUAAUGGAAGCCGCAAUUUAACAUCUGUACAACAUGAAGAAGACAACAAUUUCUUCUUAACAAGUAUGGAGGUCAAAUCUGCAGUAAUUGAACUGCUGGUUGUAAUCCAUGAACCGUAUAGUAAUGUUAGAAUUUCCGAACCAAACGUUACUUCAUCGACUUUUCAUUCAACUAGCCACUCAGCUUUCAUACCAACACAGAAGCCUCCACUGCCCCCUCAAGUCAAAGCUUCGAAAGUUAAACAGCUUCAGCAAGAUAUAGAGAUUCCACUAAGAAACCCCAGUAGAAAGUUAUCCGGAUCCAAGAGGAAGCAAUAUAGACGACAAUCAAUGAGGUUUAAUAAAAACCGCAGAUUCUCUUUUGAAAUCAAUGCAGCUAAGAGAACAUCAUACAAGCGUAUGAGCCACGACUUUGAAAUUCCUUCUAGAAAUCCUUCUAGAAAACUCUUCAUUUCUAGAAAAUCAGAAGAUGUCCAUUAUUCCGAAGGGGAGGAGUUCUGUGCAGAAGAUGUACAAAAGGAAAUGUUUCAAUCAAUUUCAACGAACCUGUCAAACAAAGAAAAACAAGAAGAAGUAGGACAAGAAGAAGUAGGACAAGAAGACCAGCUGAUUCCUGAAAUCUUAAUUCAAAAUGAAGAAGUAGAACAGGUUUCAGAGAAAAAUAUAUCUGAUAAGAAAAUUGUGGAUCAAGUUGAAAAGAAGGGCAAACUGUCGUGGAGAAGCAAACUAGACGUAACACUAAGAAGUACAGGCAAGGGUGAUCAAACAAAGGCUAAUACAGCCCGUAACAAGUCACUAUUGAAACGUUCAUUUCUGAAAUUUCGAGAUUGGAGUAAUAGAACCAGAAGAGUUGAUAUAACAAAGUCUACAGAUACUUUGACAUUUGGAACAGAUGUAAAGCAGGAAGUAGAUGAAAGAGAAAUAAUGAUAAGUCCAGUGAAACAAAAGAAUGACUCCAAAGAGUGUCUAUUGAUUAAAUUAGAGGGACAGAAUUAUCCUUCCGAUCAUUUCUUAAAUACAUCUGAAACUUCUGAAGAUAACGAUGAAUUAACAGGUGCGUUAUUGUAUCUCUUAACAAAUAAUAAUAACAGCUCCAUAUUGACUCCCACUACGAGUGAAGAAGACGAUGCUAGUACUAUUGAUCUCAUGUCAUACUAUAUUUCGAAUAAGAAGAUUGCCAAUCUACAUAAUAGUGACGAUGAUAUUAGAAUAAAUAAACAUCUUGACUCUGGAACGGAAGCAGAUGCAGAAAAUGAAUCGGAUAUCGAACAACAAGAAAAGCAAGAACAAAAGCAAGAAAAAGUUAUAAGCCACGACAAUUUUGAUGCUGAUGAUGAAGAUGAUGAAAAUGACUCAGACCUUGAAAGUUAUAUCGAAGAGCAAGUUAUAAUUGCAGAAGUUAAUAAGAUAGAAGUAACCAGUAUCAGUCCCAAAUCCGACCGUAACCGGGAUGUUUUCGUUGAUGUGACUGUGAUUAACGAAGAUGAUGAAGAUACAGAAAAUGAGGCUAAUUAUCUUAGCAAUAUAGAUGAUGAUGAUAGCUACUACUUUGACACCAGACCCACCAGUCGGACUUCAUUCCCCGGAUAUUCUGUCGCAUGA